AUGGUUGCACGAUCGAGCUCAAUAGAAGAGGAUGAUCAACUGAUGAGAAGCUCUAAAAAGAUUAAAAAUGCAGAGGGUGCUAUAGGAGGUGGGAUUCUACAGGAUGAUUGGCCAGUACUAGGAGCAGCUAUAGCUUCUGGUCCAAGUAAUAAGCCCUCCUUUGCAGAAAAGCUUAAAGGUGUUUGUAUGGACGAUGACCUCUCUGAUGAUGAUAUUGAAGAUGUCGGUGGGGAGGAUUCUGAGAAUGUUGCUUCGCAAAACUCUGGAUUCAAGGGGCUAACUAAUGAGGAACCUGAUUUCAAGACAGUAGAAGAUCCAAUGAGAAACUUUCCCACUUUUAUUUUCUCUAACAGAGUGAAGAAAAGGCUCUAUAAGGCUUGGAAGAGAGCAGUUAUAGUGAAGUUACUGGGAAGGAGUAUUGGCUUCAAAGCUCUAGAGGCUCUAGUCCAGUCUUUCUGGGCGAAGAAAGGGGUCAUAAAGCUUAUCAACAUUGGUCAUGGUUAUUAUGUUGUCAAGCUUACUAACAAAGAGGAUUACUUUAAUGCGCUUACAGGUGGACCAUGGAUGAUAUACGAUCAUUACUUAACAGUUAGACCAUGGGAACCCAGAUUUAAACCAGAAAGUGCAGCGAUAGAUAAGGUUGCUGUUUGGGUUCGGGUUCCCAGAGUUUUCUUGGAGUACUAUGAUAUGGAUGCGUUAACUUACAUUGGCGACAGAAUAGGAAAGACGAUUAAAGUGGAUAUGAAUACUUCUUGCCACUUAAGAGGACAUUAUGCUUGA